AUGAUAUUCAAGAAGAACAUGAUAGUGGUUCUAACAAAUGGAAGAUUGGCUGGAAAGAAGGCAAUUGUUCUGAAUGUGAUCGAUGAGAACUCUAUUUUGGUUGGUGGUAUCAACAGAGUACCAUAUGAGGUGAAAGAGCAUGCGGCAUCAUGGGAGAAAAGAAAGGCUGCAAAAUUCCUAACGUUCAUUAAAAAGGUCAACAUCAAGCAUUCAAUUGCUUCCCGAUAUAAGGAAGACAUUGAUGUUGGAAAGCUGGAUAUAGAUGCAAAUCUAUCUGAUGUCAGCAUCAAGGCAGAGGUCAAUAAGAAGCUGAACAUUCUUCUGAAGAAUAUAUAUGAAGUGAAUAAGAACAAGUUUCUGUUCAAUAAGAUGAAGAUUGAAGCAUAA